AUGGGCGCUGCCGAUGCCGCGGCCGUAGCCUCGGCCUUGGCGCUGGAGGAGGGUUUCCUGCGCGACGUGUACGUGAGCUGCGAGGGUGUGGCGGCUGGUGCCGUUGCCAACAGCGGCUCUGACUACUUUUUGCACGUGCACUCCAACGAGUACAACGUGUACGACUUCACUGCAUGGGUCAGCGGGCAUCCCGGCGGCAUGGAUCCCAUCAAGCAGUGGACCUCUCACGGCUUCCAGCUCGUGUUUCCAUCUUGGCAUCCGAUGGGCCGCUUUCUGUAUGCGCAGUCGAGCUACCUGGAGUACAUCGGGAGACUGGGGGAUACCGUCGGCUUCGAUGCCCUGUCCCAGGGGCUCCAGUCCACCUGGACGGUGGGCUACGAGUCGUGCGGGUCGCCCGGCGAGGUGGCGAACGAUCCGAGCCUGGGACACCACUUCAGCUUCUACACGGACGUGCAGAACGGGGUAACCGACACUGCCUUCGAGGAGCCUUACUGGAGGGCCUGGAGCAUGCACUCCAAGCACGUCGUGUGGACCAUGCUGGCGCUGGAAGCAGACGACCAGCUGCGGCAGCGGGCGGCGUGGGCGCUCUCGCAGAUCCUGGUGACCAGCCGGCACGGCGCCAGCGAGGAUGUGUUGUCCGAGGCCUGGCUGACUUAUUACGACAUCUUUGUGCGGAACGCGUUUGGCAACUACCGCGACGUGCUCCGGGAGGUCACCUACAACCCGAUCAUGGGCGAGUACCUGAGCUUCCGGGGAAGCCGGUCGUUGGACGCCGACGGGGCGUAUCCCGACGAGAACUACGCGCGGGAGAUCAUGCAGCUGUUCACGAUCGGCCUGUGGGAGCUGCACCAGAACGGCACCAGGAAGACCGACGCGGACGGUAAUUACUUGCCCACGUACAGCAACGACGACAUCACUAGUUUCGCGCGCGUUUUCACUGGCUUCUCGGAGCAACCCCCUCGCCUCAAUAUCGAGGAGAUGCGGGGGAGCAGGAACUUUGUGGACCCGAUGUACAUGAAUGGUGCUUGGCACGACGUCUACCCGAAGAUGGACUUGGACGGCAACUACCUCGGCGAUGGCUACCCACUGUGCUCGGACCUCCCGCUGCGAGGUUUCCUGCUUAAGGGUGCGAGGUACAGAUUUGUAGGAUACGCCUACUCUGGAGCAGACCUGAUCGUGCUGAGCCCGAACUCGUCGCUGUACGCCGCGCUGUCACAGACCCAGCUCAGCGUCGAGCUCAACAGCACAAUCAGCUGCACGGGAGCAGCGUCAGCCGAGCCCGGGCCGGAGCCCGAACCCGAGCCAGAGCCCGAGGAGUGCGUUGCCAGCAGCCUUCGUGUGGUCCAGGUUGGGACAGGCUACUACCAAUACGUCCAGCCGACGUGCGUGCACCUCUACUUCUUCAACGGGCAGGUCAGCGUCCAAGGCAUGGUCGCCGAGGCUGGCAGGUACCAGCACGCAGCCCAGACCUGGAGGCACACGUGCAGGAAUCCGGACACAGCGGCCGCAGGCAUCAGUUGCUGCAAGGGAUGCAGCAACUACUUCCCGCAGGGGAUGACCGACCAGGGGUACACGUGCGAGAACAUGCCAGAGACUCUGUGGUGGAUUCUCGACAAAGGCUGUCAGAACAACGGCGACUGGUGGGCCAACAACAAGUGGUGUCAGCUGACUUGCUGGGAGCAGAAUGCCUCCUACCUUGGCGACAACUGCUCGGUCGGGUUUCUUCAGUCGCAGAACGUGUGCGGGUAUUACCAGGAGAAGGCAAGCUUCUCGGCUGCCAGCGCGCGGUGUGAGAGCCUGGGGAUGCGCGUCUGCGAGCAGGUGACGAAUGGAAGCGAGUGCGGCCAAGACGGCAUUCACGUGUGGACCCCAAGCACCUGCACCGUCAGCGUGGAGGUCCGGGCUGACGGCCAGGUGGCCUCCCAGUGGGACUCGAGGACGCAGCAGAACCCGAUUCGCGUGGCGUGGGACGGCGGCUUCCCGACCCUGGGCAACUGCUCCGGGAACGGCUCCGACCCCGCCCCGUGCACGGAGAGCGCCUCUGGGUGUAUUUGCCCCAUCUGCGUGGCCGCGCGGGCCGUCUUCUCCGCGGUCCCGGACAGGGCGCAGCUCCUCGGCGCGGCGGCCCGCCUGCGCAUCGGGGCGUUCCCGCCCUCGGGCCCCGCGGCCGCCUGCCUGGCGCCGUGCGACGGGGAGGUGAAGGCGUACGUGGCCAGCGGGGGCGGGAGUGUGGAUGUGAGCACGGUGUUCGAGUGCGACGGGGUCUAUUACAAGAACAUGGAGAGUGUCGUGGAAGUGGCCGGGUACAGCUUUCGCAAUCCGCCCGUGUUCACUCUCUACGACCGGAUGACCACCCAGUGGGUGUCUGGUGUCGGCUGGGUCGCGGACCAGUUUGAAAGCCAGAUGCGGUCAGAAGCUGCACUGGCUGAGGUGGAGGCCCUGCUUGACCACCUCGUUCACCACCCCAAUGUGCCGCCCUUCGUGUCCUAUCGGCUGAUCCAGCGCAUGGUCACGUCGAAUCCGACGCCGGCUUACGUGUCCGCCGUCGCUGAGGCGUUCAGCACUGGGGUGUACAACGGCGAGACGUACUCAGGCGAGUACGGAGACCUCGGUGCAACCUUCGCGGCAAUAUUGCUGCACCCUGAAGCCAGAGGAAGUCUGUCGAGCAGCUCGGUAGGAAAGCUGCGCGAGCCCAUGGUCAAGUUGCUGCACUUUCUGCGAUCCAUGGAGUUCAGGGAUCUGCGAGGGCGCCAGGUCCUGAUGGACAACCUGGAAAACGACAUUGGCCAGUUUCCCUACAAUUCGCCCUCCGUUUUCAACUUCUACAGCGUCGAGUACGUGCCAGCAGGCUUCUCCGACGGCCUGGUUGCCCCCGAGUUCGAGAUCUUCACGCCGCCCUAUGCGCUCGCCUGGCUCAACGGCAUGCUGUCUCUGGUCGACACUGGCGGACUCACCCAGUGCGAGCACGGUCUCGGCCAGCAUGUUCGCACGUGCGCUGACCCAGAGGGAAACUUAUCGUUCUCCGUGUCCGGCAGUAGCAGCGCCAGCGACAUUUUCAACGAGGUCUCGUUGCUGCUGACCGGCGGGCGCAUCAGCGAUACACGCGCCUUCGACGCAGCACUCGAGGCAGACGUGGAUGGCGACCACCUGAAGGCGGCCAUGCGCACAGUGAUCAUGUCGCCCGAGUUCCACACUCUCGGCGAGCCUGCUCUGACGGGCGAGCGUCCCGUGACCGAGGAGGAGCCGUCCCAGAACGCGUCAUCUUAUAAGGCCAUCGUUUUCCUCUUCCUUAACGGGGGCGCAGACACCUACAGCCUGCUGGUGCCCAUGUGCGACGACCUCUACCAGGAGUACCUCACCGUCCGGUCGAACGUGGCGCUGUCCCAGGGCGAGCUGCUGGGCAUCUCGGCGGACACCCAAAACUGCAGCUCCUUCGGAGUCCACCACGCCCUCGGCUUCGUCCACGACCUGUACACGGAGGGCCACCUGGCCUUCGUGGCCAACAUCGGUGGCCUGGUGCAGCCCGUCGCGAAGGAGGAGUGGAGGACCGCGCCCACGUGCGCCGGGUUGUUCUCUCACAGCGACCAGCAGAACGGCGGGAUGACGCUGAAGUGCCAGGUGCAGGGCACGUAUUCCAAGGGCUUCGGCGGACGCCUGGCCGACGCCCUGGCCGCCGAGGGCUUCCUCACCUCCUCGUUCUCGAUCGCGGGCUCGUCCACGUGGUCCGUGGGGUACACCACCUCCGUGGAGGUCCUCGACGGCUGGAACGGUGCCGUGCGCAUGCAGGACUACCAGGAGCUGCAGGCCGUCGUGGGGAACAUCACGGCCCUCAGCUACGGCAACGUCUACACCGAGGGGUACGCGCAGCAGCUCGCUGGCGCCAUCAGGUCCAGUGAAAGGCUAGGAGCGCUCCUGGAGGCGACGGAGCUUGCGACCGACUCGUUCGGCACCACCACCAGCUUGGCCAGGCAGCUGAACCAGGUCGCCAAGCUCAUCUCGACGAGGACAGCUCGCUCUGCGGAGCGGGACCUCUUCUUCGUGGAGAUGCACGGUUUCGAUACGCACUUCAGCUUGACAGACACUGGCGACCGGUUUGCGGAAAUCGACGCUGCCCUGGCGGACUUCGUUGCCGAAUUGAAGGCACAGGACGUCUUCAAUUCCGUGGUGCUGGUGUCCAGCUCCGACUUCGGGCGGACGCUCACUUCGAACGGCCAGGGCACCGACCACGGCUGGGCGGGCAACCACUUCGUCUUGGGCGGCAGCAUCCGCGGCGGCCGCAUCUACAACGAGUUCCACGAGUCCCUGCUGGAGGGCAGCUCCCAGGACGUGGGCCGAGGAAGAAUGAUCCCACGGUACCCGUGGGAGAGCGUGAUGGUCCCGAUCGCGCAGUGGUUUUCUGGACAGCCGUCGUUGCGGGUUGAUCUUGGCCAUUUGAGUUCCGUCUUCCCGAACCUCAACAAUUUCAACGAGUCCGAGCACAUCAUCAGUGUUACUUCUCUGUUCGCAGCGGGCUACGAUGUCGUCGCACCGACACCAGCCCCACCCUCCCUGUCACCAACUCCACUACCAACGCAGGCGCCUACGCCCUUACCGACUUACGCCAACGGUGCGGUGUGGGCCAAGAUUUACCAGAUCAUGGACGGUCCCGACAAGAGUUUGUAUUCCUUCCCCCUAACGACUGAAGCGUAUGGAGACAUAAGGUCGGCCCCUGGCUCAAGCAACGCGAAGCUGUCCGACUCGGACAUCAACGCCAGGGCCACGGCGCGGGACGGCUAUUCGCAUAUUUAUCAGAUCAAGAGCUCUGAUUGCCCUGAGUAUUUGUACGUCAAGACUAAUGACACGUAUGUCGACACAUCGGCAUCGUUUGGCCUGACCAAGGAGAAUACUUUAGUCGGGUUGGGCUCCUCAUAUGAGUCGGUGCCUACUUGGUCCACCUUACAGUCCACGGCACUGGGCAUAGACCUUGUUUACACCAGCCCUUGGCUCGCCUCAGACACUGGUACAGGGGCGUGUUGCCGGUAUAUGUUUGGGCACCAUUCAACGGAUUGUUGGAGCGGGCCAUCGGGCCACCGUUGCGUAUCUGGUGGGGGUGGUUGUUCUUUUAAGAAGUUGGAUGAUGUCGUGUUCCACAUCUAUUGGGAUCCCACCUCGUUGGCGCCAACUCCGCUUCCAACGCCAGCGCCUACACCAACGCCCACUUUUGCCAGCGGUGCGUCGUGGAACAAGAUCUACCAGAUCCAGGAUGGUUCCGACAGGACUCUGUACUCGUUUCCCCUGACCGCCGGAGCUUAUGGAGACAUGAGCUCGGCGGUAGGUUCAGGUCAUGCAAAGUUGUCCGACUCGGAUAUCAAUUCCAUGGCCCUGGAAAUGGACGGCUACUCGCAUAUCUACCAGAUCAGGAGUUCAGAUUGCCCUCACACCGUGGCGGAUCUGUACGUCAAGACGAACGACACGUACGUCGACACAUCGGCAUCGUUUGGCCUGACCAAGGAAAAUACUCUGAUUGGGUUGGGUACCUCGUAUCAUUCUGUGACUACCUGGGCCACUUUACUUUCCACAACACACGGCAUAGAUCUGGUUCAUUCCAGCCCCAGCCUCGAUGCAGAUUCAUGCUGUCGGUUUUUCUUUGGCCAUGGGGCUACAGAUUGUUGGAACGGGCCAUCGGGGUACCGUUGCGUCAAUGGUGGGAGUGGCUGCUCUGGUUAUCGAAAAUUGGAAGGUGUGAGGUUCUACAUCUAUAGCAUCCCUCCGGCGACGCUAAGCCCAACGCCAAGCCCUACACCAAGCCCGACGCAGGUUCCUACGUCAACGCCCACGUCUUCACCAACGAUACUGUCGACUCAAACGGUGUCCACGCUGGUGGUAGGUGCUACAGAGGUGCGUGUGUUGUCCACGGCGGGAUUCAACACCGGCGACAACAUCUUGAUCGAGGGCGGUGGCAACAGUGAAACUGGGAUCAUCGACAGCAUACAGAUUUCUCGUGUCUCAUCGGCGUCGGCGAGCGGUGGAAUUCUUCUGCUGGCAAGUGGUCUGGCAAACAGCUAUCCGAUCGACUCCAGUGUCACCCUGUUCAUCACAGCGGCGCCGACUUCAACUCCGACUCCUACAUUUCCAAAUGGCGGCCCAGCAGGCGGCGGCGGGGGUGCUACCGCUACUGGCGAUCCUCACUUGCGAAACGUUCAUGGUCAGCGGUUCGAUUUGAUGAAACCGGGCAGGCAUAUUCUGAUCAACAUUCCCAAGCAGGAACGUGAUGUGCCGUUCCUUCGCGUGCAGGCCCUUGCGCAACGACUUGGUGGAUGCACCGAUAUGUAUUUUCAAGAACUGAACAUAUCAGGAUCUUGGGCAGAGUCAAGACAACAGGGGGGGUACCAGUUCACCGUAUUGCACCGUGAUGCCGAGACUCUGGGGUGGAUUGGUUUUGGUAAGGUUGAGAUGAAAGUCGUCCAUGGACGUACGCGGCGUGGCCUGGAUUAUCUGAAUUUCUACGUGAGGCAUUUAGGACAAUCAGGGUAUCCUGUUGGAGGACUACUUGGAGAUGACGACCAUACAGAGGCAAGCGCUGUACCACAGGAGUGCCGUCGCAUGGUGGCUGUCUACGCUCACCAGGCGAGCGAAGACGGCCCCGAAGCCGCCGAGACAUCACCUUCAGACGCUGUAGCAAGCCUCGAGUGA